AUGGGUGUUUCUGAUUCUGAUUACGAUUGUAUGGCAUUAUCUGGGGCACACCUCACUGAGAGUCCUAUUCCCGGGCGUGAGAAGCGAGGCUCUGUUGCCAAGAGGGAGAGGUGA